AUGAGCACACUCAGACCAUUGCGCGGCGGCUGCCAGUGCGGCCGAAACCGGUAUAUCAUUGCUGUCCCGCAGAACGGCAUCAACGAGGCACAGGUCCUCUUCAACACCGAUUCUGUUCAUCAGACCUCUCUCGCAACCCCCCUGGCAGCCUACAUCCGAGUUCCCUUGUCGUGGUACCAUAGCACAACCUACUCUUUCUUUCCAGACGAGACACAUGCUUUAAUCCGACGUGUCUACACACACCCUAGCCAACAACACUCGAAACGUCACUUUUGCGGUUAUUGUGGCACGCCUUUGUCGUACUGGUCCGAAAACCCACAUACCGAAGCCGACUUUAUCAACCUUACGCUCGGAAGCUUGCUGAGGGAAGAUCUGCGUGACCUUGAGGACAUGGGCUUGAUUCCCGAAGAGGAAGACAACAAUGAUCUAGUACGACAGCCAUCAGAAGUGGUGGGCAGGAACACGGCACUGCGCCAAUCGUACGGAGUUCCUUGGUUUGACGGUAUGGUUGAAGGAACACGUCUAGGAAACAUGCGCCGAAGCCAAGGCGUCAAGCAAUCGCAAGAUGGCCGAGUCAAGGUGGAGUGGGAGAUCGUUGAAUAUUCAGGUAACGGCGACGAGUCCGCCGGACCUCCACAUGAAGAUGUCGAUAUGGAAAUGUCAGUCCCCGGAAAGCGGAAGAUGAAGGAUAGGGAAGAAUCAGAAGCGGCCGCCGGAGGAAACUAA